AUGAUGGCCUCAGUCCCACCACAACUUCGCCCUCAAUUUGGUGCACCUCCUCAUCAUCCACAAUACGUGCCGAAUGGCCAGGUGCCUGGAGCUCCCCCUCAGCCAGUACAGCUUCCACCGCAACAAAAGAUCAUUGAGAAGAGUGGAGUGCGGAUCUUGUGUAUUGCGGAUGUUAGAGGAAAUCUCAGGUCUUUAAACGAACUUGCGAAGAAAGCCAAUGCAGAUCAUAUCAUCCACACUGGUGAUUUUGGGUUCUACGAUAAUAGCUCUUUAGAAAGAAUUGCCGACAAAACGCUACGACAUGUGGCUCAAUAUUCUCCCCUCCUCGACGAACGUCUUAAAAAGAGCAUUCAGAGCCCCGGUGGAAGUCAUGUACCUAUCAAACAACUCGUCGGAGCUGAGCCGAACCCUCUUUCCGAACUUCCUCUAUUCCUCUCAGGAACAUAUACCCUAGAUGUUCCUGUUUACACGGUUUGGGGAGCAUGUGAAGAUGUUCGCGUUCUUGAAAAAUUCCGAUCAAAUGAGUACAGGAUCAACAAUUUACAUAUCAUCGACGAGGCCUCGUCGCGACUUCUAGAUGUUGGUGGUGUUAAGCUCCGGUUGUUAGGUCUGGGGGGUGCUGUUGUCAUGCAUAAGCUAUUUGACAUUGGAGAAGGGAAAACCACGAUCGCCGGAGGACAGGGAACAAUGUGGACCACUCUCUUACAGAUGGGAGAUCUAGUAGAUACAGCGAACCGAGUUUACGACGCUGCCGAAACCCGAAUUUUCAUUACGCAUGCCUCACCCGCCCGCGAGGGACUGCUAAACCAAUUGUCAGUUACCCUCAAAGCGGAUUUCUCGAUUUCUGCUGGUUUGCAUUUCCGUUACGGUAGCUCGUAUAACGAAUUCAGUGUCAACCCAUCCUUAGAUCAUUAUCGUGGAAAGCUUGCCUCUUCUAAAGCAUCUUUCAAUGAUGUGUGGGAAACCGUCAAAAACGAGGUUCUUGCUGCUGUACAACAAAACACCGCCCAAAACAAGCUUCUGGAAAACGCAUUAGCAAUUGUGGAUAAGAUGCCGACAAGUUCAAAUGGAGGUAGCCCAUUUGGCGGCCCCCCAGCUAAUGCUGCCCCUGGUGCUGGUCAGGUUGAUGAGUCUGCAUUCAAGAACAUGUGGAACUUCAAUCUGGCUGACGCAGCAUUUGGCUGGCUAGUCUUGGAGGUUGAGAAUGGAAGAAUUGGAACCGAAAUGAGAGCACAAGGUUUCAAUUUUCAUCAUAGGGGGGGAAAACCCCAGUUGCCGACUCAGCAACAGCAGCAGCAGCAGCCAAAGCCUACAAUGGCACCAACUACUUCAGCGGCCCCACCUAGCACAGAUUCUGGGCCGGUGAACCCCAGCAGUUCCACCUGUGGGUCCGAGAAAGCAGACCCAGAAUCAAGGUGUGCAGCAACCUGCAGCGCCCCCCCAGUGCCAAAGCAACCGACUCCACCUCCCCCCGCGCAGGAAGAGUCCCCAGUGGUAAAACCUGCAACCCCACGACCAGCACCAAGUGGUCCUGCUGCGGAUAGAGCUCCUACUCCCUCGGUGGCUCCUGUUGCUCUCUUGCCAACAGCCAUACCAACAGCCACACCAGCAGCCACACCAACAGCAGAGAAGACACCUACCAGUAACGGGACAAGUCCCGCAUCAGUCCCCCCCGCGCUACCAAAGGUCGACACUCCUGCAGCUUCAGCUCAAAAUGCGGCCCCCACCAGCUCUCAGUCGCCAUUAGAAAAGACCAAGCAAACCGGCCUAUACAUCUCUGGCGUUAACUCCGAGGCCGAAGUUCGCAGAAUCUUCCCACCGGAAGAUGAAUGUCAUAUUGUCCGCGUCGAAGAGAAAACCUCUAGGACCAGAGCCGUUUUUAAGUUCUUCCUCGUAUAUUUUGGGAACAUGGAAGUGACGAAGGAAAUUCUUGACAAGUUACCCGAGGACUUGAAAUCAGGGCCACCAGGUCAACGCAACGGCAAGCCGUAUGUAAAAAUGAUGCAGGAUGAAUUCACCCCUAGCGAUCGUAUAUCAAGCGGGAACCGACCUGGUAUGAACGAUAGUAGGUGGGGUCGAGGACCGGCUGUUGGCGGAAAUACCAGCGAAAGCGACAACAAUAUGGGGGGCGGCUACAGAGGCCGCGGAAACUUUGGUGGAAGGGGAAAAUCCAGGGGAGGAUACGAAGGGACCAGAGGAUCCAGAGGGAGGGGUAAGAGGGGUUUUCACAGUGGUGAUGGAGGUAGCAGCGCUACAACACCUGCCGAAUAG